AUGACGACGGCGAACAAAGGAAACAAAGCCUUAAAGGUGAAGCGUGAGCCAGGGGAGAAUGGCACCAGUCUCACGGACGAGGAGCUGGUGACCAUGUCAGUGCGAGAGUUGAACCAGCACCUCCGGGGGCUCACCAAAGAAGAAAUCCUCCAACUGAAGCAGCGCCGGCGGACCCUGAAGAACAGAGGCUACGCCGCAAGCUGCCGAGUGAAGAGAGUAACGCAGAAGGAAGAGCUGGAAAAGCAGAAGGCGCAGCUGCAGCAAGAGGUGGACAAACUGGCCAACGAGAACGCAUCAAUGCGAGUUGAGCUUGACGCGCUAAGGUCCAAGUAUGAGGCAUUACAGACCUUCGCCCGGACUGUGGCACGAAGCCCGUCGGUGGGAGUCGGAGUGCGAGCUGGAGGGGGAGGCGGAGGUGUGCCCUCGUCGGUCAUUGGUCCACUCAUACCCGGGAAGAUGGCCACCGCAACCAGUGUGAUCACUAUAGUUAAGUCCAAAACAGACGCACGGUCUUGA